GGCGAAUUUAGUGAUUUUUCACUCUAAUCCAACGUAAUCACAAUUUUGCUCAACAGUUCUUUUGAUUCCUGUCGAUUUUUAAUGCAUAUACUUUUCUAAAUUUAAAAUCCCUACUAAUAUUUUAAAUGUCUGAAUAACCUCUUCUAUAUUGCCUGCAAUGCCUGCACUAUAUCCUAUUUGCUGUGCUCUGUACUUCUCCACUAUAAAAUCAGAAAUUCUGCGUAGCGUCUCAUUAUUCAUUAUUCGCCACGCGACAUUCGCACAUCUUUAUUUGUGGGAGUAACUCGCUACAGUUGAGUCUUCGAUUUCGAGAAUUUUUCAAGUGAUCAGUGAUAUUCUUCGUGUCAAGAUGGCUGACCAAAACAGAGGCAAUCAAUUGAACUCCGAUCAUUCAGCAUAUUGGAAAGGCAGAGGUGAAUCUGACCUGCCAUCUCAAGCUGACAGGAGCAGCUACGCGGCCAGUCAUCCGUCUCCUACAUAUGGAAAGGCAGAUGUUGACAACAGGGCGAAUCAGCUCAACCCCAACAAUUCGGCUUACAACAGCUCGAGAGCCGGAAACAAGAAAUAAACAACGAACAUUUUAUCUUAUAUAUCACAAAAUGUAAUCGUUAAUUUUCUAUUAUAUAUCACAAAAUGUAAUCGUUAAUUUUCUAUUAUAUAUCACAAAAUGUAAUCGUUAAUUUUUUAUUAUAUCAAUAAACUUAAUAUUCGGUAAUCUCCGUUUUAUUCAAAACAAUC